AUGAAAAGGGACGCAACGAAAGCACUUUUGUGGUCCAAACAACUCUUCUACGAUAAGGCCAACAAGGCCGACACUCUUUUAGCACAGAAACUCCGGCCCCGGACGGCCGCGAAACAGAUACAUAAAAUAGCCACACCAAACGGAAGGUGUUCCAAAACUAUUUCACGUCCUUAUACGACCACGACCCUGACGCACGACAGGACCCAACCAACACUCAAACACUCAAACACUCAUAGACCACUAUCUCACACGCACCCCACUACCCUCCCUGCCGAUCAAGGCGGCACAAAAACUGAUGGACCCGACAACGCCGGAAGAACUAGCAG